CCACACCCAUCAAUUCUUGGUAUUGAAAAAUAUUAAUAGCUAGCUAUUAAACUUCAAAGAGACUUUGUGUCCAUUAAUGAACGAUUGUAUAAGUGAACCUGUGCCUAGAGGAGGACCUAGGCAAGGAGAAGCUGAAUCUGGAGUAAAAAUAAAGUCUGAGAAUAAUGGUAGUGUUGAACAAGAGAGUGACAUGAUAAGGAGAGGUGUUGGUCACCGCGGUACCGGUGGGAUGGAACUAGGUCUACAGACUGUGUCUAUCGGAGUAUGUGCAAUGAACAAAAAGACACUGGCCAAGCCGAUGCAGAACAUUCUGACAAGACUUUCUUCGUACGAUUACAUUGACAUUCAGAUCUUCAGUGAUGAAGUGAUCCUGCACCAGCCAGUGGACGAGUGGCCAGUAGUGGACUGUCUGGUUGCAUUCUACUCUGAUGGCUUCCCUCUAGACAAGGCCAUUGCCUACGUAGACCUGCGUCAGCCCAUGGUGGUCAACGACCUUCAAGAGCAGUACACCCUCAUGGACAGACAACAGGUGUACGAGACCCUCGUCAAGAACGGAGUGGAGGUACCCAAACACGUGGUCCUCAACAGGGGCGGUGCUGAAAAGGAACUAGAGAUUGUUGAGAACGAUGAUGUAAUUGAAGUGGGUGGUCAAGUGUUCCACAAACCGUUUGUUGAGAAGCCAGUCUCUGCUGAGGACCACAAUAUAUACAUCUACUUCCCCUCUGACUAUGGUGGAGGAUCUCAGAGGCUCUUCAGGAAGGUUCACAAUCGAAGCAGUGCCUACUCGAAGGAGAGCUCUGUGCGUAAAGACGGGUCGUACAUUUAUGAGGAGUUUCUGGCCACUGAUGGAACUGACGUCAAGGUCUACGUUGUGGGGCCAGACUAUGCCCACGCAGAGGCUAGGAAGUCACCGGCACUGGACGGGAAGGUGGAGAGAGACGGUCAAGGCAAGGAGGUUCGUUAUCCAGUCAUUCUCAAUGCCAAGGAGAAGCUCAUUGCAAGGAAAGUGUGUCAGGCUUUCAAGCAAACAGUGUGUGGGUUAGACCUCCUGAGGGCCAAUGGGAAGAGCUACGUGUGUGACGUCAACGGAUUUAGCUUUGUCAAGAACUCUGAGAAGUACUACGAUGACUGUGCUCAGAUCUUGCUGGAGAUGGUGACAGCUCAACUGGCCCCUCAUCUCUUCCCUCGUACUCCACCCUCCGUCGAGUACAUUGUCGAUGAGGUACCCCAGCUGCCCAUUCCCAUACCAAGGGACUCGGAUGGUCUUGAGCUUCGCUGUGUGGUGGGUGUGAUUCGUCAUGGUGACCGUACUCCCAAACAGAAGAUGAAGAUGAUUGUCACUCACUUGAGGUUCAUCGCUCUGUUCAAAGAACUCAAGGGCUUCGAGAAAGGACAAAUCAAAAUCAAGAAACCAAAACUACUACAACGUGUCCUGGACAUCUCUCGGUACUUGUUGGAGGACCUGCAUAACAGUGACGACCCGUCAGCCCAGGAGAUAGAGGAGGCAGAGCACAAGUUACUGCAGCUCAGGACUGUCCUAGAAAUGUACGGGAAGUUCUCUGGGAUCAACAGGAAAGUCCAGUUGAAGCACGUCAACAAGAACUGCCCCACUGAAGAUCCACACUUGCUCCUGAUUCUCAAGUGGGGUGGUGAGCUGACCCCAGUGGGACAGAGACAGGCUGAGGAGCUCGGACGAGCGUUCCGUUGCAUGUACCCUGGUGGAGAGGGUGAGUAUGCGUCUCUGCCUGGCUCUGGGUUCCUGCGUCUCCACAGCACCUACAGACACGACCUCAAGGUCUACGCAUCCGACGAGGGAAGAGUUCAAAUGACGGCCGCUGCCUUCACAAAGGGCAUGUUGGACCUGGAGGGCAACCUUGCCUCUGUGUUGGUGCAUCUGGUGAAACGAGACCAAGCUGCCACUAACAUGCUCGAUACCUCCACUGACACUCGGGCACAAGAGGCCAUGAUCACUGUCAAGAAACGUCUCCACUCUCUCAUGAGGUCCACCUCUGACUUCACCUCCACCAGCUACACUGAGCUCGUACCUACUGAGGCGGAGUCCAUCAAGAGUGCCAUGAAGAUUGUUCGUAACCCGAGUGUGAUGAACGAGCAACUCCAUCAGAAUAUCAGCAUCCUCCUCGAGGAAAUCAAACAGUUGCAGAAAGACUCUAAUAAUGACAACAGUCAUGUGCUCUACCAAAAUGAAGGCCUCCAUCUCAUGGAGAAUCGUUGGGCUAAACUGGUGAAGGAUUUCAAGUCCAAGAGUGGCUGGUUUGAUAUCAGCAAGAUCCCGGACAUCUACGACUGUAUCAAGUACGAUAUGCUCCACAAUCGUUCCCUCCACUUCAAGUCUGCCCCAGACGUCACCAGCUGUGCCAUGCCUCUCGCUGACAUCGUCAUCCCUCAGGAGUACGGAAUAACUCUGGCGGACAAGGUUGACAUUGGGAAGAAGCUCUGCACACCACUCUUUAGGAAGAUCCAAGCAGACUUCCACCACACAAUAGUCGACGAGCAAGCCGAUGUGCUUCACCGAUUGGACGCUCGACUCUCAAAGGGUGUGGUCUCUCCGAACAGACACGUCCGGUCCCGGCUGUACUUCACGAGUGAGUCCCACAUCCACUCUCUAGUCAACAUGUUGAGACACGGAGGACUGGAGAAGCACCUGUCCGACACGAGCACACUCAUCAAAGCACUAAAGGAGAUCAACCGUUCCCCAGAGUUCAACUACCUCACACAAAUCAUCUUCAUGCUCUUUGAAGACACCUCCAAAGACUUGCAGGCCGAGGACAGGUUCAGAGUGGACAUUCACUUCAGCCCUGGGGUCAAGUUCAGACAAGAAGUGUUCGUAGAUGAUUCAGAUACUAUAUCCCCAACGAGCUCUUAUACAAAUAUGCCGAUAAAAAGUAGCCCCGAUUUACCAAAAUAUCACACAUUCGUGAAACGCCUUCCACAGAGUGGACACGAGUUUAGCAGACAAUUUAAUAAACCGUCAAUCGAACAACUAAUGAUGUCUAAAUCAGCUCCACAUCCACGAAAAUCAAGCCUUGUUGUAAGUAAAACAAAAACCUGUGAUGACCUUACUGUUGAAGAAGACCAAUUCAGAAGAAAUUCUACGGGUGUUUUGAAGGCCAAUAGCGAUCCUCUUAGUCGACUGAUGAAUGUACCAGAGCUUAUGUCACCAAUGCAAUCUUUAGACGAAAGCCUCUGUAGUUUGGGUCCAUCCCUGUAUACAUCACCAAUACUGAAACGACAAUCUGUUCCAGAAACGGUGAAGCCAACGUCACAAUACCCCGUAGACAAAAUGUGUGUGGGCAUUCUCAAGCAUAAUUCUGAAGUCACACAAACAUGUACACAACAUUCGAAGGUCCCCAGCGGAAAGAUGAGUCAUGGGAUUCUGAAGCCUAUGGACGCUGAACAACAAAAGAAGAUGUCUGACAACAAAGAACAAUUAUUAGCACAUUCUAGAAAAGUCUCGUUUCCUGAAAAAACUGACUCUAAUGAAAAGACACCUGAACCAGAGAUUCUAGGGGACCUUUCCGACUCGUCUGUGACACCGAGAGAACAAACACCUGUUUCACGAGAUUCCAGUGAGAGAAGCAGCAUUAGUGACAACGAUAGACCUAUGAGAAAACGAACGAAACCGUUUUUAAGUGAUUCCUCCGAUUUGGACCCUUUUGAUGAUAUUAGUAGUGCUGACUCAUCACUUCAAUCGUCAGAAGUAACUCACGAUGAUGUACAUUUAGCCUCUGAACUGUAUAAAUUUCAAACUGAAGUCCACCGAGCGCUUGAGCAUAUUGAAAAACGUAGAGGGUCUGAAUUUUCAGAGUCAAGCCGCUCAUCCGAUAAUACUAUUUCAACGCCAAUGUCUGUCGAUCCUUCCAGUAGAAAGACUAGUCUGGGUGUCUCGACAAACAGUACAUGUAGUACAUUGGAAGAUGCAAAACAACCCAGGAAAUCAUCGGUUCCAUUUCUAAGUAGUCGAAGUGAUUCAAACCUCGCCCUGCUCCGUAAAGUUUCGUUCCCGUUAAGUGGUGCCAACCACCACCCGUUCCAGAAGAUAUCGGAUGAUCGUCGUUCCCCCUCUGCUAUUCACGGGAGUAUGGAACGAUUGGAGGUGCUGGAAGGUUUGGAGCCGCUGAAGAAAGAUUCCACCAACUCUCUUGUCAGCCUGGACUGGGAUGGGGAUAAAGCACCAGGUCUUGUGCUGGCCACAGAGCUAGCCUCCACCAUCGAACCUCUCACUCUCGUAUGUUCUGCUCCACUCCACCAAAUCAAUGGCUUCUUCACGUCCCUCACAAGCGUUCAUUUGAACUUUGACCCAAUAGUCCCAGCAGUCAAUGAGUCGUCCACCCCUAAACAUCGCAGUCGAUCGACCACACCUAUUUCAAUACCCGGAGGCCACAGGCCGUACCGACGAUCUUUUUCCGAGAAGCAGAUACCUUCGCAAGUCGAGGAGAAGAAUAAAAGUGAACAUAAAUCAAUCGCAGAGGAUAAGAAACUAACCCAAGUCCCUUCUCUCGAUUUGAUAACUCUCGUCCCAGACUCAGGGAAAGAGAGUGCUCAUGGAAGCACUAGUACGGUCACAAAAGGAUUUAAGAGUUAUAAAAGUGUAUAGAGCUACUUGACAUAAUUAUUAUUAUUAGUCAAAUUAUAAUGUGUAUAUGGCGGUUUUGUUGUUGUGUUCAUUAUUUCUCAUUCUAUUGA